AAAGGAGGAGCAGUACCUGCAUGGCUGCAUAGCAACUCUGUUGCAAUCUUGUAUAGACAGAAAGAGCCGUUUAGCUGGCAAGCUCCUCCACGCCUACAUCCUCUGCAAUGGUUUCUUCGUCGACAUCUUCCUGUCUAACCGGCUUAUUGAGUUUUGCUCGAAAUGCAGCGACACUGAGUCUGCUUAUAAUGUGUUUGAUGGAAUGCCCCAUAAGAACAUUUACUCUUGGAAUGCUAUAUUGUGUGCGUUCUGUAAAUCUGCGAACUUGUGUUAUGCUUCUGAAUUGUUUGAUCAAAUGCCUGAGAGGAACGAUGUCUCCUGCAACAACUUGAUUAGUGCGUUAGUACAUGGUGGGUACGAAGAAAAAGCUUUGGAUGCGUAUGAUACGAUGAUUUCAGAAGGCUUGAUACCUACCCAUUUCACGUUGGCUAGUGUUUUGAGUGCAUGUGGUGUUGCAUUGGCUUUGGGGCGCGGAAAGAGAUGCCAUGGUCUUUCAAUUAAGAUAGGUAUUGAUACGAAUUUGUAUGUGGGCAAUGCUUUGUUGAGUAUGUAUGCCAAGUGUGGACUGAUGAGGGAUGCAAUUCAAGUAUUUGAGGGGAUGGAGGGGUAUGUUGGACCUUUUACACAUUUUGCCUCAACCCCCUACAUUUGCUCCAAACGUGCAAGUAAGGAGUUUUUUUCCCUACAACCUCCGCCAAUUUGAAUUCAUGAAGGACACCAUUGCUAUGGCUUCCAUUUCUGCAACUUUCAGUUUCUUGUUCUUCAUUAGACUAUCUGUUUAUGCAACACUGGUAGAAGACCUAAACAACUUGCACCCACCACCAGACUUCAACUCCACGAUCACCACAAACUGUCUCAACAACCCAUCUCUCAGAUACUGCAAUUCCUCCCCCGAGGAUCUCAACGACAUCUUCAAAUCCACCAUAGUUGCCUCCCAUCUCUGCAAUGAGUCCAAAAACCCUAACUGCGUCGAAUCCUUCCCGAAAAUAGACCUUAAGAACAAACCCAAAAUUGUACCUCUUUAUCUGUCAUUCAACUUCUUUUGGAAGUACUGUCCCUUAACAAUCUUAACCAUCGACAUCUCCAACAAUUCCAUGAAAGGGAGUUUUCCACUUGAGAUACUACAAUGUACCCAGAUUCAGGUUCUUGAUUUGAGCCACAAUGGUCUUACUGGUGAAGUUCCAAUUCAAAGCUUGUUCCCCCUUAACAAUCUCACAGUCCUUAACCUAUCAUACAAUCAUUUCUCUGAGAGCAAAAUCUCUGAUGCUUACUUCUUCGAGCGGUUUAAUGCUUCGUGUGUUAUUCAAUCUGGUAUCCUUCCAAAUCAUAGGAAUUAUACUAUCAAGGCUGUAAUACUAUUGAUUCUGUUUCCAAUCUCUUUGAUUCUGUUUGUUGGUUGUUUUGGGUGGCUUUGCUUUGUUAGGCCAGAUUACUUACCUAGAAUGUUUCAGAGAAGACACAAGUUUACACCUUCCAUGAUAGAAUCCAUCACAAACGAGUUUUCGAGGAGGAAUGCAGUGGCAAAGGGUGAGGGUGUGGAUAUAUACAGAGGAAGUUUGGGAGAUGGAACUGAAGUAAGGAUUGAGAUCUACAAUGAUGGCAUAUCGAGGGAUAAUCGGAGGAAAUUUGUGGAGGAAUGUAAGGUUCUGGUGCAGUUUUGUCACAAGAACAUAGUGCAAGUUAUGGGCUGGUGUGACAACCAAAGACUGAGAGCCAUUGUCACAGAAUGGACGGACGGAGAAACUGUCGAAAUGUGGUUAUCAGACACAGCUCCACCAUGGACACACAGGUUGAAAGUAAUGAAGGGAGUUUUGGAUGGCAUGUGUUAUCUGGAAGAGCAAUGGCCUGAAGUUGAGUAUGAUCUCAGGACAAGCAGUGUGCUACUGUCUAGCAAUGUAGAGCCACUGAUCUCAAGGUUUAAGGUCGGAAAUCGAAGCAAUUGUGCAAAGAAGAUUUACAAGGUGGGUAUGUUUCUGCUGGAGAUCAUUGCGAACAGGAGACCGAAUGAAGAUUUCGAUGAGGGGGAGGCGGACUUCAUUCAGCAUAUCAGAAGGCAUUACCCAGGGAGCUUGCAGAAGGUAAUUGAUGAGAGGAUGAAAUUGUCAGAAAAUAUGGUAAAUCAAGCCAAAAAUGGGAUAGGGUUAGGGCUGAUGUGCAUUGAUCAAUCAAGCACAAAACACCCUAGCUUGAGCCACAUCUUUAACAUGAUAAGCAAAGCCUAUGAGUCUUGCCUUGCUUUGCCAUUCCAGCAUCACUCAGAGGAUAGCAGACGCCACAACCGGGUUCCAUCCGUCUGAACUUGCCGCACAUUCCUAAAGUUAGCAUUUCAGUUUCUCUGAUACAUCAUCCCUUAAGUUUUUGUAUAAUGUAAGCAGAGAUCCAGUUUCUUAUAUCUUGUGUCACAAUCAAUCAAACCACUCAUGGAUAAGAUACCAUGUUCGAAAUUUAUGCUCAAUCCAUGGGCAGACAAGAGACAACCUGACGAACUCAAAUAUUUUAGUAACCAGAGGCAAAGAAAGCAGGAGCGAUUUCCAUAAUAGCGGCGAGUGAAAUGGAAGCAGCCUAAACAGUGAAAAUGGGGUUGUGGGAGAGCAACAUCGUGCUGCUAGGCGAAGUGGUUUAGGGUUUAGGCUGCUCAACUAUGACUACAGUCUACCUUCAGUAUACAAAUAGCAAAGUAAUGAAUGAAAAGGGGAGGACAUUAAUGUUUCCUCCCCGGCUUAUACGUUCGAGCUACAUGAAUGUUUCUAACACUCUUCUUGCUGACUUCAGAGGUUAUGGAGGUGAUUCCUCAUUUGGUCAUGCUAGGCCUGUUGGCUUGGGAAGUCCCCUUUGAUUCUGGUAGAAAGCAGAGUUAGCAUAUGCAACCAGAUAAACAAUUUACUUCUUAGUUUAUAUGAACAAAAUAA